GACAUUGAGUAGAGUUAGAGCUUGCUUGUGGAUAGGAUAGUCAGAGUGUCAGUAGUGCGGACACCGGGCAAGAAAUAUACAAUAGUUAACCGGAGACAGUGCUAAAAUCAGUGGAAAACUGGAAGGGCUAUACAGUAGGUCUGAAAAGUGACCAGAAGGGCGUCACCUAACACACAUGCCAAAAGGUCUUGUCAAGUAUUUAGACGUAGUGUUAAAUUUUUUUAUUUAGCUAGAUAUUAUAUUCAAAGAUGGGUGGUUGUGCAUCUAAGGAAAAUAAAAAGGAAAUACAGGACGACUCUGGAAAAGCCACCAUGGUUGACGCUGCCGUUUUGGACAAACUUGAAAGCGGAUACGCCAAGAUUAAAGAAUCCAACUCCAAAUCCCUCUUAAAGAAACACCUUACCCAAGAAAUCUUCGACAGCCUCAAGACCAAGAAAACCCCCACUUUCGGUUCCACACUUCUGGAUGUUAUCCAAUCCGGCUUAGAAAACCAUGACUCUGGAGUAGGUAUCUACGCCCCAGAUGCUGAAUCCUACACCGUCUUUGCUGACAUCUUCGAUCCCAUCAUUGAAGACUACCAUGGUGGAUUCAAAAAAACCGACAAGCACCCUCCCAAGAACUGGGGUGACGUUAGCGUAUUUGGCGACUUAGACCCCACCGGUGAAUUUGUUGUGUCCACCCGUGUCAGAUGCGGACGUUCCAUGGAAGGAUACCCAUUCAACCCAUGCUUGACCGAAGAACAAUACAAAGAAAUGGAACAAAAAGUUUCCAGCACUCUCUCUGGCCUUGAAGGUGAACUUAAAGGAACAUUCUACCCAUUGACUGGAAUGAGUAAAGACGUCCAGCAAAAGUUGAUCGACGAUCAUUUCUUGUUCAAGGAAGGUGACCGUUUCUUGCAAGCUGCUAAUGCCUGCAGAUUCUGGCCCUCUGGUCGUGGAAUCUACCACAACGAGAACAAAACCUUCUUAGUUUGGUGCAACGAAGAAGAUCACCUUCGUCUCAUCUCUAUGCAAAUGGGUGGUAACUUAGGAGAAGUCUACAGACGUCUAGUUACCGCUGUCAAUGACAUUGAAAAAAGAAUUCCAUUCUCUCACAAUGACAGGCUUGGUUUCCUUACUUUCUGCCCAACUAACUUGGGCACCACUGUUCGUGCUUCUGUUCACAUUAAGGUUCCUAAAUUGGCUGCCAACAUGGCUAAAUUGGAAGAGAUUGCUGCAAAAUACAAUCUCCAAGUCCGUGGUACUCGUGGUGAGCACACAGAAGCUGAAGGAGGAGUCUAUGACAUUUCCAACAAGAGACGUAUGGGUUUGACCGAAUAUGACGCCGUUAAAGAAAUGUACGAUGGUAUCCAAGAACUCAUCAAGAUCGAGAAAGAGUUGUAAAACGUCUAUCAGUAUGCUUUAUCAGUUAAAAGUAUUUAUAAGCAGUGAUGUAUACAUAUUUUAUUUUCUACUUCUAUUUAAAAUGCCAAAGGUAUUAGCAAAGUUUACAUAAGAUGUUUUAUUCAAUAAAACGUUGUAGUACGUAAACAAGUUAUAUUCUAGUCAACAUUUUGUUUUAAACAAAAAAAGUUCAACAACUUCAAGUCUUAUUGGUAUUAUUAUCACUAUUUUUAAAUUAUUUUUAAUUAAACUCAUAAAUAAAGUAGUAUUUU